AUGUCUUACAUGCUUCAGCACCUGAAGAAUGGCUGGCAGGUGGACCAAGCAAUUCUGUCUGAAGAAGACAGAGUGGUCAUCAUACGGUUCGGCCACGACUGGGAUCCAACAUGCAUGGUUAUGGAUGAAACUCUGUAUAAUGUGGCAGAAAGAGUGAAGAACUUUGCAACAAUAUACUUAGUUGACAUAACGGAGGUUCCAGACUUCAACAAAAUGUAUGAGCUCUACGACCCAUGCACCGUGAUGUUCUUCUACAGGAACAAGCACAUCAUGAUUGAUUUAGGGACUGGUAAUAACAACAAGAUUAAUUGGGCUAUGGAAGAUCAACAGGAGUUUAUCGACAUCAUCGAAACCAUUUUUAGGGGGGCCAGGAAGGGUAGAGGUCUUGUGGUAUCUCCCAAGGAUUAUUCUACUAAAUACAGAUACUAA